AUGAGUUUGAUACUUAAGAAUUUAAAUUUAUGCCAUGUAAAUUUCGUAUCGCGUUUUGUACAUCAACAAGACGUAAACCAUAAUGAGCAAAUAGAAUUUAUGAAAACAAUUAUAGAAAAUCAAAAAAGUGAUUGGACUAAAAUAAAAGAUGAUGUUUUGUGCAAGCCGGGCUUGUUAAACUCAAAGAAUAUCGAUGCUGUUAUGUUAAAGGUGUUAGUAACUGACAAAAAAUUUGAUAUGGCUUUAUCUUUUGCUAAAUAUUUAAAAUCCUCUCACAAUGAAAUGUCAUUAGGUGCAAUUAAUGCUAUAUUAAAUCUUUAUUACGAAUAUGCAAAGGAGAAUAAACUUUCAGAUGAUGAAACACAGUUUAUAUUAGAUACCCAUAAAAGUUUGUAUGAAAAAUACAAAAUAUUAGAUUCUACUACUUGCGAAAAACUGCUGCAUGCACUUUGCUCAAUAAAUGAAUGGAAACUAGGUAUAAAAGUUCUUGAUGAUAUCAAUCUAACUAAUACUCCUAGUCAUUCAGCUUAUAGUUUUUUGAUAGCUACAUUAUUUAAGAACAAUAAAAGAGCGGAAGCUUUGAAAAUGAUAGAGAAAAGUGUACAAAACAGAAGGCCUCUACAAGAUAUAGUUUAUGACGAAUGGAUGAAAUACAUUCUUAGAAAAUAUAAAGAUAAGAAAAUUUUAUUGAAACAUUUAAAUGAGAUAUGUCAACACGUAUCUAACAACUCUGCUGUUGUGUCUGCAGUGACUGCUAAGAGGUUGAAAGAAUCUUACGAAUCUUUGAAUUGGAAUGGAAAUUUUACACAAAUAACACAACAAAGUGGCCAAUGCAUGUGUUGUAACCAAACUUUGGAUUGCUUAACAUUAUCUGAAGAAGAAUUUAGUAUAUUACAGAAGAAUGUCAAAGAAAAACUAAUAGUUGGUUCAGAUUUAUUUUUAAAAACAUCACCCGAUGAAUUAAAAAGGUUUUUAGAUUUUGUAAAUAGAACGUCACCAUAUGAUAUAGUUUUAGAUGCUUUGAACAUAGCCUAUUCUGUGGGAAAAUCAGAAAUUCACAAUAGGAUAAAAAUUCUUGGAACUGUAAUAGAUUAUUUUCUUCAAAAGAAGAAAAGAAUAUUACUUCUCGGUAGGAAACAUAUGCUUAAAUGGAGACAGAUACAUAAUUUAACAAGCAGAACAGAGAGCUUCUUUAUUGAUGAUAUUUCACAGGAUGAUCCAUAUUUCAUAACAGCGGCAAUAUUAAGUGGUGCUCAUACAGAUAUAGUCUCCAGAGAUUUGCUUCGAGGUCACAGAUUCUUGAUGCAGAAAGAGCAGUUAAAACGAUUAUUUCAACGGUGGCAAUGGCAACAUCAGUGGAUGGUUUUUGUGCCUACAUAUAAACCAGUUAUUCAGCCACCAUUAAAGUUCACACCUAUCGCUCAAAGUAAUAAAAGUGGAUGGCAUCUACCUUAUUUAUCAGAAAAGAGUUCAACUAUAGGACAAGUUAAUACUGGUAUUCCUGAUUGUUCUUCAUGGCUUUGCUUAAGACAAAAUUCGAAAUAAUGAGUUGCUUUAGUCUAAAAUUAUUACAAACAAAAUGUAAAUGAAGUGUAUGUAUGUGUGAAGUGUAUGUUGUACUAUGUGUAUGUUA